AUGUACCAUCCACCACGAGGAGGUGUAAGAGGUGGAAGGUUGUAUGUAACUUGUCAAGCGGAUGAUCUCGUCGAAGGCACCGAUUUACUUCCUACUUGCUGUUUAUUAGUAUAUCCUGUAUAUUUUGAACUUUUGCUAAAUUUUGGUAAUUUCGCUUCUACAGGGGAGGAUGUAAAGACAGACAAGUAUCGAGAGAAUUAUUUGGGACAUUCAGUGCAUGCUCCAGUUGGCAGAUGGCAACAAGGCAAAGAUCUGACUUGGUAUGCAAAAGAUGGAACGCCAAUAAGACCAGAGAAAGAAGAGAUUGACAAAGUCAAGUCGGCUGAAGCAGAGUUGAUGGCAUCUAUGCUUGGUAAAAAACGAUCAAAGGUAUCGCAGUCAGCCCAGGAAGGCGUUGGUGAGACCCAGGCACAGCAGAAAACGGAUGAAACCGAACAGGAUGACGAUGGGAUGACCAACGAAGAAAUUAGCCGAAAGAAAGUUAAAGGAGAGGGUAAAACGAAAUCGAAAGAUGGCUUGACCACAAAUCCGCUCGUCGUAGAAGCAAAGAUAGAGAUGAUGACCGCCAUCGCCGGUCAUCUCGACGCAGUCCAAGUGAUGAGGAUCGAUUUCGACGACGGUCUUCUCGAAAAUCGCGCAGUUUAA